CCACCCACCACCCUUUCAGAUCUUUGUCCUGGCUCCGCCUCUCGCCGGCGUUAUAAUGGGCUGGUCUGAAAGUGGUGGAGAGACACAGAACCACAGGGGAAGAGAGAGAUAAUGACAAUAACACUAAUAACCCUAAUAACCCUGCUGCUGCCCGCGCCGCAGCAAGAAGCCAGCCCGGCGUCCCGGCACUGACGGGGGCCGAAGCCGGAGAGACAGGACGUCCUCGGAGAGCUUCUCCCCGCUCCGGGGGAGCGCCGGACGGUAACAUCGGCAGCGUCCCGAGGAGGACCGGGCUCGGGGGACACAGAGACGAACCGGCUCCAGCACCCGCCCACUCGCUCCGGCUCCGCGGGGACCUCCUCGCCUCUCUCCUCCGACCCAUGGAGCAGCGGGCGUAACGAGCGAGAAGGACAAACGGGGGCGGAAAGAGAGCGAGCGCCCCGGUGGGGGAGAAGGAGGUGGAAGCCGGGGGAAGCGCCCCGUCCCCCGCCUCGCCGCCGCAGGCGGCAGGGCACCGGCGCUCGUCUUUGGCGUCCACCGGCGGGGAAAGGUCCAGCCCCCUGCCAGCUAUCCCGGGCGCCCGGGUGAGGCGGGCGCGGAGCGCCGCUGUCCUGCGUUGCCUGCCGCCGCGGAGCUGUCCAAGCCGGGGCGGGCACAGAACCCCCCGGGUCUCCUCGCUGCUCCCCGCCGCCCCUGAGACCGCGCCGAGAGGCGGGGGUCGCGCCCCCUCAGCGGAGCCGCGGGGUGCGGGGGUGCCGCCGGCGUCGCCGCCAUGAAGCUGGAGGUGUUCUCGCAGCAUUACGAGGACAAGCUGAGCGCCGGCAGCGAUCAGGAAGGCAGCGGCUCCCUCUCCCCGGCGCCGGCUGAGAGCGAGCUGGGCUCGGACGGUGACUGCGCCGCCAACAGCCCGGGCGGCGGGGCCCGGCGGCCGGGGCACUCCGCGCCACCACCCCCCACCCCGCAGACGCCGCAGCCGCCGCCGGCCGAGAGCGGCAAGGGGAAACCCUACACGCGGCGGCCGAAGCCGCCCUACUCCUACAUCGCGCUGAUCGCCAUGGCCAUCCGCGACUCGGCCGGCGGCCGCCUGACCCUGGCCGAGAUCAACGACUACCUGAUGAGCCGCUUCCCCUUCUUCCGCGGCGCCUACACCGGCUGGCGCAACUCGGUGCGCCACAAUCUCUCCCUCAACGACUGCUUCGUCAAGGUGCUGCGCGACCCGGCGCGGCCCUGGGGAAAGGACAACUACUGGAUGCUCAACCCCAGCAGCGAGUACACAUUCGCCGACGGCGUCUUCCGCCGCCGCCGCAAGCGCCUCAGCCGCGCCGCCCCGCCGCCGCAGCCCGCCCGCCCCGCCGCCGCCCCACCGCCACCGCCGCCGCCGCCGCAGGAGGCGGACGGAGCGGGCGCCGCGUCCCCCGGCGGUUCCCCGCGGUGCUGCUGCGCCUCCUCGCCCUGCAACUGCGCGCCGGGCGCCGCCGCCAAGGAAGCAGCAGCGGCGAGCGGCGGGGCGGCGGCGGGCGGCAGCGGCGCCAAGUUCUCCAGCUCCUUCGCCAUCGAGAGCCUCCUCCGGCGGCCGGCGGGGCCCCGCGCCGCCCCGCAUCAGCCGCCGCCGAGGCCCGCCCGCCUCCUCUGGCCGGCGCCGCCGGCGGCCCCGCACCUGCUGCCCGGCCCCUACCCGCUGCUCCCCUACCCACCUGCCGCGCAGCCUCCGCCCGCCGCCGCUGCCCUGUACGGCGGCGGGCUCCUGCAGCUCUGUGCCUACGGGCUGGGCGAGCCGCCGCCGCCGCUGCUGCUCGGGGGCGGGCGGCAAGCUCUGGCCCAGGGCGAGCCAACGCCGGCGGAGCGGCCGCGGGCGCCGCUCUUCCCCGUCGGCCUCCCCAAGGGCGGGCGGGGGCCGCCGCCUGGCUCCCCGCUCUAUGGGCCCCUCCGGCUGGCCGGGCCGCUGCAGCCGGCGGCGGCGAGGGGCUCGGCCGCUUUCCACCCGUACGCCAUAGAGACCUCCCUGGCUUGACGGAGCCCCCCUUCUCCCCUGCGAGGGGCCCGCCCGGGGAAGCGGGGAGGGGGGAAGGAGGAGGCUCUGGAUCUCGCACUUUAACUCCAGAGGCGACCAAAGCCUCCAAGCAAAAGCCUCGGUGACUGUGCCUUAGUGACAUGACAGUGGGGUUAACUUUAACCAAAA